GAAAUUUUCACGACCAGAAGGAACUUACCGCCACACUCUCCACCUUCUCAUUUGCCCAUAUUGACUAGCUGAAUUACAAAAUACUAGGUAAUGAACACAUUCUUUCUUUAAUGAGAAACUUACGUAAUGUCUCCCCCUAGACGAGAUUACAUAGGCAACGAUUCUUAUUUGUUAUUUUAGAGUUAACGUUGGCUUGUCAAAAAGCAAUUAACUCUGCACUGUACAGAAUUUCUAAACGCUUUUCCCAAGAUCAAAAGUUUCACUUCCGAAUAUCACGGCUUCCCUUUGCCAUUCAAAAUCCACCAAUUCAAUCAAACAUUUCACUUUAAUUGAAUUUAAACCACUCGGCGCAUUGGGGAGAUCUUGUAGACAUAACAUCCCCCAUCAGCAAUCAACUUGUUUAGACAACCAAGUAAACCGAUUCCGUCUGAUUCCGGAUGUCUAAAGGGAAAAGGUUUCGAGUGUGUGUGACGACACUUUGUCUCACUCCAUCGGCAACAGAUAAAUCCAGGCGACCACGUAGUAAAUGCGCGGUACAAUGUAUGUUGAGGCCGAUUAGAGUGAACGGGCCCGGGAACUGCGCACUGGCAAAAGAGUGUGCAGCUUGCGUCCUGUAUAUAGCUGAUCGAUGAGGCAGAUGGACGCCAUCACUCACCAACAAGUUGUCUCCUUGAACCCACCUACCUCGGCCAUAACGCUAUAACUUACACGAUCGGUCAUGUUACUCAGCAUAGAGACGAGUCUUUGGCCUUUGAUGGUCGGAUUGAGAAUCUUUGGAUUUCACAUGGGUCCCAGCCAGAAAUCGGGAUCGAGUCGCUAUUCCAUUGGCUUGUUGCUGACGGGAUCGCUGAUGGUCUUGUCGACCGUUGCUCUCCAUUGUACCUCAUUCGUUUACGGCGUGUUGAGGCUCAAGGCGAACGGACUGGGUCCCAACGGCACCAAUUUGACGACGGCCAACCUCCUCAACAUCGGCAUCGAACACCUGAAUUACACCUGGGUCCUUAUCGCCAUCCACACGACCUUCUUCUUUGUUUCGCUCACCUCCAGCUGGACGGAACUGUGGGACUCGCUGCUGGUGCUUGAAAAGAAUCUGAAAUUCAAUUCGACAUUUUACGCCAAGUGCAGGAAAAGUUUAUUGGUCGGAUUCGCCUUUUUGCUUAUGGACUGCCUCAGCCAUUUAUUGGUCUCGAUGCGCUCCAUUUACUGGGACAUGGGAUUGAUGAGUCCUUUGGCUAUUGUUCUGGCCAACAUUUCCAGGACGACCAUCAUCAGCGUCUUCUUGCUCUUUUGCGUCAUGGCCAGGGUCAUCACGCUCGUCUUCCAGGGACUGAAUGAGCAAAUCGCUCGCAUAGAUGAAGCCGAGCAAUUUUCCCCGUUCUAUUUGACCGGCAGGAUCUGGAAUGGCCGUCUGGAAAAAUGGCGAAGGAAUCACGCUUUAGCCUGCGAACUGGUCGAGAUGGUCAACAAAUGUUUCGGAGUGGUGAUGCUCGUCACCGUAGUCAACGUCUUUGUCAGUUUCAUCACGACGACAUUCGAAAUCGUCCGAUCCAUGCAGGAAGAUGCCACGAUCCCUGUCCUGUUUGUUUUCAUCUUUGCCAAGAAAUCCAUUCUGCUUUCCAUCAUCAUUUACGAACCCUACCGCUUGCAGGCCGAGGCUGGACGGACUGCCGUGUCUCUCCGCAAACUCCAACCUUCCACUGCGGAUCUCCUAUCCCAAAUCAAAUUGAAUACCGUGGUGAUUGAGGUAACCCAUGCCAGUCCCAAAAUUACGGCCAUGGAAUUCUUCGACGUCAACCGCAGACUUUUGCCAACGUUGAUUGGAAGUACCCUGACGUACGUCGCCAUCCUCUGCCAAGCCUCAUCGACCCACUCCACAUUUAAAUGAAAUCAAUUCAAUUUGCUGUUGUCGACCAACUGAUGCGCUGAAAAGGACGACGGGGGGCUUCUUCAUAUCAAAGCAAAAUGUUGACGUUACCAAAAAUAGCUCUUUUCAAAUUCUCCUUCACGGAGCCUUAGGCUACUUUCUAUCGUAAUCCUCACGUAUUAUCCAGCGGGACGGCAUCUCGGCAGCCGCACGGAGGAGGUGAUGGCGUCGUGUUGUUGUUGGAGCACUCUAAAAUCCCCGAGCGGAGAGAGCUACUUAUAUAUCCAAGCAAUAUAUAGGUUAUGUGUAGUAGGAUCGGCAAUGCAUCACCGCGCUCCAUGAAAACGACCCCCCUGAGCUUUUAAGUAAAAAUCGAAUUCAUUCUGAGUGAAUUUGCAGAUAGAUGCACUUGAUGCCGUACUAUUUUCCCGAGUUUAAACAUUUAUUAUUUUUUCAUAAGAUAAGCGCUAUUUAAUAAACGAGAAGUUGUUUGUCCGAUCGAUCGCAUAUAGCGAUGGACGUCAUUCAAUGAAUCAAUAAACAUUUAUGCGCCGUACACAAUUUUUAUGGGGGUAAUCGCUUUAUUCUCUUUACGUCUAAGCCAGUUGGAAGAAGCUUUUCAAAAUUC